UUUACGUGCUAAAAUUCACGACAAAGGAACAGGCAGAAUUGUUACGCUGACAAAUUUUGAAAAUGAUUUGAUAUUUGUUGAUGUGUGUGUCAGUAAUAUUAUAUAUAAAAUAAUACGUAUCAAUGGGCUGCAGGAAAAGUGUGAUAUUUAUGAAAAGCCAUGGACUUAUUUAGAUAUUUGUAGUUUAAUGAAUAUUAAAACAAAACAAAAAAAAAAAACAAAAAAAAAAUGACAUACACUUGAUUUUAACUUAUUUAGAUAAAUUAUAUGCCUCUGGUCGUGUACUUAUUUAGAUCACCAAUCUAGUUUAGGCUAAUCGUAUUAAUUAUUUAAAAAAUCAACUGUACUAAUCAUAAUGUAGCCUAAAAAGGACAGCUGAUAACAAAAUGUUUAGUUGUUUAUCUUCAACUUCCAAAGAAAAAUGAGACGGAUGUGAUAUCUGACGAUGUUGUUUUUAAGGCAAAGCAGAUGGCUUUUAUUGAAACCAAAUAAAUGUGCUUUAGAGAGGUUUCGAUUCCUAACAGCAAAACCUGUAAAACCUCAUAAACCUAAAGGCAAAGAAACAGAGGCCAGUAGAUUUAUUGAUUUUUGUAAAGUUCGUGUCUAUGGGGGUAAAGGAGGUGAUGGUAAUGUGUCAUUCCUGAGAGAACAUAGCCGAGAAUUUGGUGGACCGGAUGGUGGAAAUGGUGGUAAUGGAGGACAUGUUAUUUUUCAAGCUAGUACCAAUAUAAAAUCAUUAGCAUCUAUAGAUCCUCACAUUAAAGCUAAACAUGGAAUUAAAGGUUCUAAGAAACACUGUCAUGGUAAAAAUGCAGAGCACACAUAUGCAUUAGUACCUGUAGGGACUGUAGUAAAAAGUGAAACAGGUGAUGUUUUAUCAUCCUUAGACAAUACUUGUGAUUAUUAUAUAGCUGGGCGUGGAGGUGCCGGAGGGAAAGGCAAUCAUUUCUUUUUAACCAAUGAAGAACGAGUACCUAAUUAUGCUGAAAUGGGUGCCCCUGGUGAAGAGAAAAUACUAUUUGUAGAACUUAGAACUAUGGCUCAUGCUGGAUUGAUUGGUUUUCCUAAUGCUGGGAAAUCUACAUUGCUUCGCGCUAUCUCAAGAGCUCGGCCGAAAGUGGCAUCCUAUCCAUUUACAACUCUAAAUCCUCAUGUUGGUAUGGUGAUUUAUGAUGAUCAUGAACAGAUAGCAGUGGCUGAUAUACCAGGCUUAAUUGAAGGAGCACAUCAAAAUAAAGGAUUAGGAAUAUCAUUUUUGCGCCACAUCGAACGCUGUGCAUGUCUAUUAUAUGUGCUUGACUUAUCUGUGGAGGAGCCAUGGCAUCAACUGGAAGCCCUAAAGUAUGAAUUAGAACAAUAUCAGGUUGGAUUAUCAGAACGGCCUCAUGCCAUAAUUGGUAAUAAAAUAGACCUAGAAGGUGCUGAAGAGAAACUGGAAGUUUUAAAAAGUUCCAUUAAUUUACCUGUGUUUGUGAUUUCUGGUAAAAAUAAGAUAGGUAUUGACAAUCUACUGAUACAUUUACGGGAACUGUAUGAUAAAUAUGGUGAAAAGAAAGGAAUAGGUUGGUGAUGAUUGACAGAGUUUAUAUUUUAAAGCUUCAAUGUACAAGAAGGCUAAUAAAGAUUUUCCUUACAUAAAUUUAACAAAUAUAAGAGUUCUUCAGGUAGCAAUGUUUAUGAUUAAAGCAAGCAACCUAGGUUAGUUACCAUCUAGCUAAGGCUCAUUGUUCAUGGAUAGAAAUGAGUUUUCUUUCAUACCUUGAAUGAACAUUCUAAGACAAUAAAGAAAUGUAUAGAUAGAAUGCAGUGUGAAUUUUGAUGGGCAUGUCCAUAACUUAUAUUAGGAUUGAUUGAUUUUAAUAGCUUACAGAGCAAGAUAGUUAUGUUAAUACUACAUUUUAUUAUGUAUGGUCUAAAAGUCUAUAUUUGUAUUUUAUUCUGGAAUAGAGAAUGAAUAUAUAUGGAGUGGAAUAAAGGUUGAUUCAUGAUGAAGUAAAAAAUAAAACCACCAUGGUACCAUGGGAUUCUUUA